AAUUGAAAAGUUGAUUCCUUGGAGGAGGAGGCAGUACGUAGCCCCUUUGGGCCAGCUCCGCCAUGACGUAACCAACUCCCUCCUCAUGCACAACAUCCUAUAAAUAUAACCAUAAUCCCGCCAAUGUUAAUUUGUACAAGAGCAAUCUUCUCUCUCUCUCUCUCUCUCUCUCUCUCUCUCUCACACACACACACACACAGUAAAGAUGGCCUUAUCACAGGAGCAAGAUGACCAAACCCAGAAAGCACUUGGAUGGGCAGCAAGAGAUUCCUCAGGGAUACUUUCUCCUUUCCAUUUUACUAGAAGGGCUAUAGGUGACGAUGACAUUACAAUGAAGGUCCUUUACUGUGGGAUUUGUCAUUCUGAUUUACACAUGACUAAAAAUGAGUUUGGAUUUUCUGUCUACCCUCUCGUUCCCGGGCAUGAGAUUGUUGGUGUGGUGACUCAAGUAGGGUGCAAAGUACAUAAAUUCAAGGUGGGAGACAAAGCAGCCGUGGGGUGCUUCGUUGGCUCCUGCCGUACAUGCAACAGCUGCCGGGAUGACUUGGAAAACUAUUGCCCUAAAGCCAAUAGCACUUACACCUUUUUCGAAGGCCAACCAAAAAACUAUGGUGGCUUUUCUGAUAUUUUUGUGGUUAACGAGCACUUUGCUGUCCGAUUCCCUGACACUCUACCACCGGAAGGCGGUGCUCCUUUACUUUGUGCUGGAAUUACUGUCUAUAGCCCUAUGAAGUACUUUGGACUCAGUGAGGCAGGGAUGCAUUUGGGAGUGGUUGGGCUUGGUGGACUCGGGCACUUGGCAGUGAAGUUUGCCAAGGCAUUUGGGAUGAAGGUGACUGUGAUCAGUACGUCUCCGAACAAGAAAGAGGAAGCAAUUGAGCAGUUUGGUGCCGACUCUUUUCUAGUUAGCCAUGACACAGAACAAAUGCAGGCUGCCACUAGCACGAUGGAUGGCAUUAUUGAUACGGUCUCUGCACCGCAUCCUCUGAACCCUUUGGUUGAUCUUUUGAACUGUAAUGGGAAGCUGAUACUUUUAGGUGCACCAGAUUUGCAGAAACCGGCAGAGCUGUCAAUUUUCCCUUUGCUUGUUGGGAGGAAGCUUAUUGCUGGAAGCGCUGCAGGAGGGUUGAAGGAGACGCAAGAAAUGUUAGAUUUUGCUGGGAAGCACAACAUUACUGCAGAUGUUGAAGUUAUUCAGAUGGACUAUGUGAACACAGCCAUGAAAAGACUCGCAAAAGGGGACAUCCGUUAUCGAUUUGUCAUUGACAUAGGAAACACCUUGAGAGCUUAGCCAUACUUAGUUUUCUUUGACUUGAAUGAAGAUUUGCCUUACCUAUAUUGUCAGAGUGUGGCUUGUUUUGUUUUCAUUUCUUUUCUUUGAUUGGUUGGUUUUUGUUCCUUUUCAUUGUUGGUGAUAAUCAUAUAUAGUGUGUUA